AUGGCUUCGUCAUCACAAGCUUUUCCUUUGACAGACUCUAAUUUUUCAUCUUCCUCGUCAUCCUCUUCGGAAAGUGAUCCUUUUGGGUCGUUGAUUCAACAGGAUCAAGACAAAUUCUAUGAGAUUAUGAAUUCAGUGAAGCCAAAGAUAGUCGAGCAAGUAUUUCAAGUCUGUAAAAAGAAGCAGUACAUUCAUCGUGACCUAGAGGGAAGCAACUAUCAGCUAAUGAAAGACUACUUCAACGAGAGUUGCACAUAUCCACCGGAGUACUUUCACAGGCGAUUUAGGAUGCGACGAGAACUUUUUCUUUGUAUCCUUAAUGAUGUCAAAGCUUAUGAUGACUACUUUGUCCAAAAAAAUGAUGCAACUGGUCGUCUAGGGUUGUCUUCUAUACAGAAGAUGACAACUGCUGUUCGUAUACUCGUAUAUGGUUGUGCAGCCGAUCACUAUGAUGAGUAUUUUAAAAUCGGCGAGAGCACUGCCAUUAAAUGCCUGAAGGCAUUUUGUAAUACUAUUGUUGUUGUGUAUGCAGAGGAGUAUAUGCGCCCACCCAACGAAGCCGACAUAGCAUGGUUGUUUGAAGAAGGGGAGCAGAGAGGUUUUCCGGGUAUGCUUGGUUCUAUCGACUAUUAUCCCGCACCCAACCACUUCAAAAGAAAAAUUAUUUGCUCAGCGACAAGAGGCAGUAAGAAAAGAUGUGAACAGGAUUUUGGGGUAUUGCAGAUCAAGUGGGCAAUAACGCAAGGACCAGUGCGUUACUGGGAGAAAGACGACUUGCGCCUCGUAAUGAAAACGUGCAUCAUCCUUCACAAUAUGAUCAUUGAAGAUGAGCGUCAUGCAAAUGUUAGAAGAUGGACUCCGCCACUGGAGGAUACAAUCUUGAUUCCCACUUUAAAUCGAUGCCCAUCAGUUUUAGCGGCACAUAUAUCCUCUCGCCAACUUCAAAUUCGCAAUAGAGAGACAAAUACGCGGUUGAGGAAUGAUUUGAUGGAAAAUCUGUGGAACCACUAUGCUGAUGAAGAUGUUUAA